AUGAUCCAGGGUGGACAGAAUGUUGGGGAUCACCCUGGGACCAUCAGGUCCUGGACUCUGCAGAAGUGCAUCGUGAUCUUUGCCCUGGUUUGUUGCUUCGCCGUUCUGGUGGCGUUGAUUUUCUCGGCGGUGGACCUUUGGGGCGAGGACGAAGACGGGAUCACGGAGGAGAACUGUAGUAGGAACUGCAGAGUGGUUGUAGUGGAGAAUGUCCCCGAGGACGUCUCCUUCCUGGACAAUGGAACAGCUCACGUCCCUCUGUCGGUCGGGCUGUGCGACCUGCUGGACAAGGCCAUCAGGGUGGUGGAGAUCGUUUCUCCUCUGUGGCUCCUCAACUCCUCCGACUACGAGUCCAGUUUUCAACCCGCUGCCAAACAGGGCCGAGCUCUCCUGUCCAGGCUGCAGGGCCUUAAAUCCAGAGGAGUCCAGCUGAAGAUCUCCACCGGGGUGAUGAACGCCGAGCUCCAGACUCUGGCCGCACACAACGCUGAGGUCCACCACGUGAACAUGACGGCUCUGACCAAAGGUCGUCUCCUCUCCUCGUUCUGGGUGGUGGAUAGAAGACAUCUGUACAUCGGCAGCGGGAGCAUGGACUGGAGAUCACUGGCCACAAGGAAGGAGCUGGGGGUGCUGGUGUACGACUGCAGCUGUCUGGCUCUGGACCUGCACAGAGUCUUCAGUCUGUACUGGGGCCUCCAGUACAAGGACUUCAUCCCGUCCUUCUGGUCCAAGAGGCUCUUUGCACUUUUCAACAAGAACACGCCUCUGGAGCUCACCCUCAACAGCACCAGGGCCCAGGCCUACAUCUCUACGUCUCCGGACAUGUUCAUCCCUAAAGACCGCAGCAGCGACCUGGAGGCCAUUUCCUGGGUCAUUCAGGAAGCUCGCCGUUUCAUCUAUAUCUCCAUCAUCGACUACCUGCCCCUGCUCAGCAGCAGCUCAGACAAGUACUGGUCCCGUAUCGACGGCCUCCUCCGGGAGGCGCUGAUCUUGAGGAAAGUGCGCGUGCGUCUGCUGAUCAGCUGCUGGGAGGAGACUCAACCUUUGACCUUCAAUUUCCUCUGGUCCCUGAGGAGCCUGUGCAUGGAGCAGGCCAACUGCUCUGUGGAGGCAAAGUUCUUCAACCCCAGGGUGCAGGGAGACGGCAGUCUGCAGGGCAUCAACUACAACCGCUUCAUGGUGACAGACAGGGCCGUCUAUCUGGGAAACCUGGACUGGGUCGGCAACGAGUUCACCUUCAACGCAGGAGUGGGUCUGGUGAUCAGCCAACCAGAGGGCGUCGACGACAGGAACGCCACCGUGGUGGAGCAGCUACGGGCUGCGUUUGACAGGGACUGGUAUUCACGUUACACCCGCUCUCUGCAGGCCAAUAAGAUUCCUGUGUGUAACAAGCACCAAAUCAGUCGCCUGGUCCCAGUCAAAGCCAAGCACCUGGACCUGGGACCAGUACCGAUGAAAACAGGCCAACAUGUGGCCGGCGUCAAACCUGCACCCUUGAGAAACAGCCAUAAAGAUGAUGGACAGGCGGCAGUCAGAGCCCGUCACCAUGACGACAGAACCACCAGACUGAACCACCAAGUCCUGGACAGUUACAGAGAGAGGGAGCGGAUCAGAACCGGUCACCAGGACAACAGGAGGUCAGAGGUCAACAGAGGCGGUGACCCAGUGGACCUCCACGGUCAGUCUGCUGAGAGCAGCGGCAGCCGAGAGGUCUCCAACGGAUCACCCUGAAGGGGGCGCAGGAGGAGGAAGAGGAGGGGGAGGAAAACUCCCCCUUUUGGUUGAAGAUGGAUUUACUGG